UUAUAUUACGAGGCAGUAAGAAACUUCUGUGACUCGACGACAGUGCUUAGAAAAUAACAGAAGAAACGAUGAAAUCUUUUAUCAAGUAUUCCACCAAUAGUGAUUAUCCUAUCGAAAAUCUACCUUAUGGUAUUUUUUCUACUCGAGAUAAGCCUAAUAAAAGAAUAGGAGUUGCAAUCGGUGAUGAGAUAUUAGAUUUGAGUCAAAUAUCUCAUCUUUUCGAUGGUCCAAUAUUAAAAAACAAUCAGGAUGUAUUUCGUAAAGAUUAUCUCAAUGAUUUUAUGGCCUUGGGAAGACCAGCAUGGUUAGAAGCAAGAUCAAAAUUGCAAUAUUUGUUAUCAGAAGAUACCCCAAUAUUGCAAGAAGAAAAUCUUCGUAAAAAGGUAUUCGUGAAACAGGAAUCGGUGCAGAUGCAUUUGCCAGCUAAAAUAGGAGAUUAUACUGAUUUCUAUUCGUCUAUUCAUCACGCAACAAAUGUUGGUUGCAUGUUUCGUGAUAAAAAUAACGCAUUGUUCCCUAAUUGGAAAUAUCUUCCAGUUGGUUAUCAUGGAAGAGCAAGUUCAGUUGUAGUAUCUGGUACACCAAUAAGAAGACCAUGUGGUCAAACAACACCAAUACCUGAUGCUGAUCCUUUAUUUUCUCCAACAAGGUUAAUGGAUUUCGAAUUAGAAGUUGCAUUCUUUGUUGGUGGACCACCAAGUGAAUUGGGCGAACCCAUUACUGCUGAAAAUGCAUAUGACCAUAUUUUCGGCAUGGUUUUGAUGAACGAUUGGAGUGCAAGGGAUAUUCAAAAAUGGGAAUAUGUUCCAUUGGGUCCAUUUUGUGCAAAAAAUUUUGGAACGACAAUUUCACCAUGGGUAAUCACCAUGGAAGCAUUAGAACCAUUUAGGAUUCCUAACAACGAACAAGAUCCAAUUCCAUUUCCUUAUCUUCGUCACAAGGAUAAUUGCAAUUUUGACAUCAAAUUGGAAGUUGAUAUUAAAACACCAAAUGGUAUAGUUACAACAAUAUGUCGUAGUAAUUAUAAAUAUUUGUAUUGGACUCCUAGACAACAACUUGCACAUCACACAGUAACCGGAUGUAAUAUUAAUCCUGGAGAUUUAAUGGCUUCCGGUACCAUAAGUGGUGAGGCAGUUGAAUCGUUUGGUUCCAUGUUGGAACUUUGUUGGAAAGGUACGAGAAAAAUUCAAUUAAAAGAUGGCACUACGAGAAAAUUUCUCGAGGAUAACGACGAGGUUAUCAUACGUGGUUAUUGCAAUGGUAAUGGUUACCGAAUUGGUUUUGGAUCAUGUGCAGGAAAAUUAUUACCAGCUAUUACUCAUUAAAUUUAUUUCAAUUCGAUAUAUAAUUUUAUAUUCAUGUUUUAUUAACAAUUUUUAACUAACGUUA